CGCGUCAAUUUCACCUCUUCUCGACCAAGACGUCCACUUCCAUCUCGCCCGCGGCUCGCCAUCAUUAUGGCCGAGCUGCCUCAAGACGACGACAUCGUGUCUUUCGUAGCCAAGUUCGUCCGCGAGGAUCAUCGCAAAAAUGGCCAAAUCACUGUCACCGUGCGCAAGAUUCGCGCAGCCCUCGCAGAUCACUUUGAAGUCGACGACGACGCGCUCAAGGAGCACAAGAGCGACGUCAUCAAGGGAGCAGCGGAGAAGGCAGUCGCAGCGGUAGAAGAGGUAGGAUCAGCCAGCGGCCAUGAUCAAGAUGGCAGCGAUGACGAUGGCUUCAGCUCGCUGGACGAUGACGACGGUGCGGGUGCGUCCACCUCCAAGGCAAAGCCCAAAAAGAAGGCAAAGACGCCCCGAGAACCAAAAGCAAAGAAGGCGACAAAGAGCUCAAAGAAGGCAGAGACAUCAUCAUCUGAUCCUCAAGAGGAAGAGAUGGCAAGGCUCAAGAAAUUCGUCGUAGCUUGCGGAGUACGCAAGCAGUGGAGCAAGUGGUUCACAUCGAUGGAGCCGCCGGCAGAGACGCCAAAGGCGCAGAUCAGAGCUUUGAGGGAGCUCCUUGCUGAAGUAGGUAUGGAGGGUAGGCUGAGCAUGGAAAAGGCAAAGCAAAUUAAAGAGAAACGCGAAUUCGAGGAGGAGAUGAAGGCCAUUGGCGCCGAUAUGCCCGUGAGCGACGAUGGGGGUGGAAGAGGGAGGCGCAAGAGGACUUCGGCGGGCGGAAGCAAGAAGCCUUACAAAGAUGAUGAUGACGACGACGACGACGGAGAUGAUGAUGAGGAGGGGGAGAGUGGCGAUGAUGCAGACGAGAAGCCUGUCAAGAAGAAGAGGUUCAAUGCCUCCCUCGCCGCCUUUGCGGCUGAGCUCAAUUCGGACGACGAUGAUGAUUGAGCAACGUCGUGCGUCGAAUGAACACAUCUGUUGUACAUGUAGCCCCUCCUCAGCCUUGAUCACCAAAUGCAUGUCGAUUCCCACCUCCUCUCUCUGCCUCUGCCUUGAUCAUG